AUGCCCAUUGCUGCGCUCGACGAGGCCGCAGCCAAGGCCAUCGGAUCCGCCUCUGCACUCUAUGACCCUUGCUGUGUAGUCAAAGAACUCGUUGACAAUGCACUGGAUGCAAACGCCACCAUCGUCUCUAUUGAAUUGUCCUCUAAUACCCUUGAUACAAUUCAAGUUAAGGAUAACGGCCUGGGCAUACCCCUCGAGGAUCGAGACCUCGUCUGCAAGAGAAAUCAUACCAGUAAAAUCAGGUCUCUUGAGGAUCUGAAAAAUGUGGGCGGUAGCUCGCUAGGAUUCCGGGGACAGGCUCUAGCUAGCACGGCAGAGAUGCAAGUGAUGUUGAAAUCUUCGACACAGAAUAUUUCGAGAAUCAGGAGGACUCUUCAAGAAUAUGCUCUGUCGCGCGUGCAUGUUAGGUUCUCUCUCAAAAUCUUAAAGCACCAGCAGGAUUCUGCGUGGGUUUACGCUCCAAAGCAAAACCCAUCUGUGACUGAUGCAAUUUCCAAAAUCAUCGGUGUGGACGUGAUGGCUCAAUGCCUAAGUCAAACAACGGAUCUUGUCAAUAACUCGAUUCCCAACCGUGAAAAUGAAUCCCAUUCAGGCAUCCGACUUCAUGCCAUACUUCCAAAAUUAGACGCCGUGAAAAUUUAUAAAUCAUACAUCAAAUAUACCUUCGAACGUCUUCCCUCUUCCACGGUUGCGAAUCCGUUCUUAUGUUUAUAUAUUUUCUGCGCAGAAGGAAGCUAUGAUGUUAAUAUCGAACCAUCAAAAGAUGAUGUAUUGUUCGAAAAUCAAGCCUUGGUUUCUGAGGCGGUAGAGGGUCUUUUUGAAGGAAUAUACGGCAAACUCCAAUCCCGCGGCGAGAACCAGGUUCAUUCCCAAAUGGGCGCCUCACACAACUUGCAUAAUCCAGAUCAAAAUCUUUUUCUAGGUUUAACACCUAGUAAACCUCUUAAUAAGGAACAGACUCGACUCGCAACCCCAUUUGGGCCAACUGCUCAACAGCUGGAGUGUAAUAGCACGUCUAGGACUAAUAGGAGCACGGGGCGAAUCCCCAAUACGAAUCCAUGGUCUUUAGCAAAACGCAGCUCUGCACAGAGGUGUCGAGCCUCGAAUUCCAGUCUCCUGACACCAUCGCCAGACUCAUCGUCACCUAUUGUUAAUAAUGUCAACCCACAAACGAAUUAUAGUUCUAUAAACGGAUAUCUAUACUUGGGACCUUCUCCGUCAUCCCGUCCUGAUUCGAAGAACUCGCCAGUCAAAAGAACACUGCCAGCAAUCGAGACACAACACGCGAAAAGACAAGGGAUCUUAUCGCAAGGGAGCAAAAAUGAUGGGGGCCCUAGACCUGAGCGGUUUGUUGAAGGGAUGAGCACAGGCCCCCUAGAUCGAAUACCGAAGCGCACCGCUGGCGGGGAUUCGGUACAACAACCGGGAGAUGCAGACCUUGGAAUUCCUUUGGCGGCACGAUUUGGAGACCCGAUCAACACGCCUCGAAUUUCAUGUCCUACCCCUAAACCAUCAAUCGAAACGGGCAAAGGGGAUCCGCGUUCCCUAGGGCCAUCGAGAGCGUCGUCGAAUCCCCUACAUGCUUUACAUCCACCGCCAUUCUCGCUUGAAAAAUCCAUAGAUUUUGAACGCAAACACGCUACUAUCAACCUUGCAGCAAGAGCAACAAACAACAAUCACCUGGACUUAAGUCUGAUUAGCAAAGGCAAACGUUCCGGGGCCGAGGAAGCUUUGCUAGUCGAAAAUGAUGGCCCUUGCGACGAUGUAAACCGUAUGGCAAUAAGAUACCCUUCCCCGAUGCCGGACGCAGGGGCAGUCCAUCAUCUUGCGGUAUCUUGCAAUACUCGUAUUACCGAUAUUGAACCAAUAAUGCGACAACUGUGGGGGGUAGAUUCUUUUAUCCAGACAGGAAAAUCAACUCCGAAAUUGGUCUUAUCGUGCCCUGCCAAAGUGAUCGAACACUGGAAAGCUACAACGCUCAACUUGGUGAGAAAGUCAUGGCAUACUGAAACGGCAAAGCCUUGCAUUACACUUAAUCUGCCCUGA